ACUAUCCACUAAAAACAAAUCCACUUGUAUUAUUAUUUGUUUACUUAUUUCUAUUUCUGAAUUUCUGAUACUGUUUUGCAUUGGCUUGGGGCUUGGAUAAUUGACAAAUAUCCAAAUAUUCCAAAUAUGAAAUAAUGUGGUUAGGCACAGAAUAACAAACCUGGAAGCUGAGCAGCUGUGAAAAGGACAUUUUGGGAUGUGUUUUGUUUAUUGUUCAUGCCUCUACUAAAAUUGAUGUGGAAAUUUAAAACAGUAGAUCAAUGCAUGAAUUAUAGACAGUAGUAAUUUCAACAAAAACCAUGACGGCUAUUGAAGAGAGAAGACUGUGGAUAGGAAAUCUGGACCCUAGGAUCACUGAUUUGACAUAAUGUUCCAUCGAAAUGGACCCUACAUUGGCCAGCCAAGAGGUUAUGGUUUUGUUACUUACAUGAGAAAAGAAGAUGCCAUCUCAGCAAAGAAAGCACUGCACAAUCUACUUGUUGGACAGAAGAAUAUUGUGGUUACUUCAGCACACACUGUGAACAAUGAUGAGCUAGAUAAGCCCAGAAGAGAAGAAGUCAUAAUACCAGCCUUGGCAAUGUCAAAGGAAGCAAAGAAAACUAAUAGAAUAUCCCAAAUACAAGCAAUUGAAGCCAAACUGAAGCUGAUGGAGAAAAAACAAGAAGAUGAGCUGAAGAUAAAUGAUACUGUGGCAACCAAGAAGCCAUUUAUUGCUCCACAUCAGACCAUCAACAGGACCCAAACAAUAAGUAGUAAUGGGGGUGGUAGUACUAGUGGAAAAUGGGCCAGUUCAAAAGUUAGAGACAAGUAUAACAAACCAUAUGCAAAAAGUAAAAUGAGAAGAUGACUAUAAAAUGGGAAUAAGAUGCUGAAAUAAUAUAAAAAGCUACAUUAGUUACCUCUUGGUUAUAUACCUAUGAGUCAUUUUGCUUCUUGAAAGAACUGUUAUUGCCAUAGUGUUUGAAUCUCAGGUUCUAAUAUGUACCUACUUUGUAAUAGAAUAAUUGAUGUUUAUUUUUCCUGUAGAACAAAUUUUUUGUGCUCCUGUUUGUGAAAUUGGUAAUGAAUUAUAAAUAAAUAUACUAUGAAUAAAU